AUGGCAGCCAAGAAGGGACGCAAGCAGGUCGUUAGAUGUCUAAGCUGCAAGAAGUUACGAAUCAAGUGUGACCAAGUUCGUCCCAAAUGUGAGUAUUGCGCCCAUACCAAUAGAGAAUGUAUCUAUCCAAGUGAUAUCCCCACAUCAGAAACUAAUGCAGAAAAAGACUCCCCCGUUGAAGACAUUAGGCGAGACCUACCACUAACACAACUAACGAGUGUGCUUUCAGUAUCUCAACUAGAACUACGGGCUUUAAAGUUCUUCAAUGAUAUAGGUAAAUUGAUCGUUUCUUACAAAAACCAGAGAUACAUAGAUAACUGGGAAGCUGUCAUUAACCCACUACUGUUCCAGUCGCCUAUAGUUAAAAAAACAUUAUUGGCCACAUCAUCAAUGUUGCUACUGCAUUUUAUGAAUAUAAAUACUGUUGAUUCCAAGGUAUUGACCAGCUCAUUUUCCGUCGAUUCAAGUCAAGAAGCACAGGCUUUUUUUCAAACAGGAACAAAAUAUCUACAGGAACUGAUUGACGAGAGAAAGCAUUUGUUACAGGAUAAUUCAGGUUUUGGAAUUGAGAGAAUAAUUGUAAAUGACUUGAUUACUUUUGGUUGCCUUUUAAUUUACAAUCACAAACUUGUACCGUUGAUUUCAGCCACUGGAUACGAUGUGAUUUCGAUGGCAAAGGCAUACAGUGAUACCAGAAAAAUGUACUCUCAGCUGAUGACAGGAUUACGAUUGGAGUCUUUGUUUUUCCCCAAAUCGAACCCCAUAUUGACGUGCCCACCAGAGACCAAUUAUUGGUUUACACGAGUGUUGGAAUUUGAAAUAGUUGCGUUUGUAUCGAGAAAUGGGAACAAAUCCGCUAAUAUGGAAGAGUAUUUCCAAGCACUUAUGGACACAUUUUUACUACUAAAAGAUGCCUGUUAUGCUAUGGCUAUAGUGAGAUUCCCAUUUCCUUUAAUUGCAUGUCUCACAAAUUUUAGUGACAAGUAUAGACAAUUGCUUCGUAAUGGAGAUGAAUUUGCAUUUAGACUAUUAUUUAUUUACUCAUGCCUCUGCGUGAUUUCCCGAAUACCUUUAAACAGAAAUGAUAAUAUUUUUGUCGAUUACAUAUCAGAAUUCAAGAAUAUCAUUUUUAGUAAAUAUGGAGAGUUUAGUUACCCUAUUGAUAGAGAAUUAUAUCAUUUGGUUAUACGAACUAAUUUUGUUGUCGACUUUGGUGAUAUGACACGAUUUCAUCCAUUACAGCAAUGCGAGCCACUUAUGGAUCUAAGCUGGUUAGAGCGGUACAUCGAUAGUUUAGAAAAGACCAACACUUUACUACAAUGCAUAUGA